AUGCCAGGAUAUAGAGCCAGCAUCCGCUACUCAGAAGAUGAAGCCUACGCGCAACAUGGCAGAAAUAUCGAGACUUUGACCCAGGAAAAGCUCAGUCAGAAGGGGGCCUCGGGAUUCUCUCUCAUGAUUUCCACCCGCAGUCUUCCUCCUAGCCAUAGUCUAACGUUUCAAGCACCAGACAACGUCUCAUUGGAAGACCUGCAGAGUGUGAAGCUGGCAGAUGGUAUCGUUAUUGGUGUUCAGUCCGUGGAUAGUUGA